CCUGCCAGCGUGGGCCGGGCUGGUGCCUUCUCCUCCCCCGGCCCUUCCUCCAGCCGCUUCUCCCUCCCGGGCCAGCCGCGUGGAGGGCGCCCGAGCAGCCUGCAGGCAGCGGCGGCCGCGGAGGAGCCCCGGGCCGGGCCAUGGGCGAGGGGGAGCCCGCGAGCAUGGCUGACUACCUGAUCAGCGGGGGCACGGGCUACGUCCCUGAGGAUGGCCUCACGGCCCAGCAGCUCUUUGCCAUCGCCGACGGCCUCACCUACAACCCUGACCCAGGGAGCUGCCUUUCCCUUGGCCGGUUCCAGUCCCACCCAGAACUCUUCCUGCCCCAGCUGGCUGAGUGGCUAUUCAACAGCUGCUGCGUUCCUCCCCAGAGGUGGCUGCAUUUCAAUGCGACUUCCUGAUCCUCCCAGGCUUCAUCGAUUUCACGGCGGACGAAGUGGACCUGACCUCGGCGCUGACCCGCAAGAUCACCCUGAAGACGCCGCUCAUCUCGUCGCCCAUGGACACCGUCACCGAGUCAGACAUGGCGAUCGCCAUGGCGCUGAUGGGCGGCAUCGGGAUCAUCCACCACAAUUGCACCCCGGAGUUCCAGGCCAACGAGGUGCGCAAGGUCAAGGCGCCCGGCUGGUGACUCCCCCUCUCCCUCCCCUGCAGAAAUUUGAGCAGGGCUUCAUCACGGACCCGGUGGUGAUGAGCCCCACACACAGCGUGGGGGACGUCUUCGAGGCCAAGCUGCGCCACGGCUUCUCGGGCAUCCCCGUCACCGAGACGGGCAAGAUGGGCAGCAAGCUGGUGGGCAUUGUCACCUCGCGGGACAUCGACUUCCUCACCGAGAAGGACUACGCCACCUACCUCAGCGAGGUGAUGACGAAGCGCAAUGACCUGGUGGUGGCGCCCGCCGGGGUCACCCUGAAGGAGGCCAAUGAGAUCCUGCAGCGCAGCAAGAAAGGGAAGCUGCCCAUCGUGAACGACAGCGACGAGCUGGUGGCUAUCAUCGCCCGCACGGACCUGAAGAAGAACCGCGACUACCCGCUGGCCUCCAAGGACUCGCGCAAGCAGCUGCUGUGUGGGGCGGCCAUCGGCACCCGCGAGGACGACAAGUACCGGCUCGACCUGCUCACGCAGGCCGGCGUCGACGUGGUGGUGCUGGACUCCUCCCAGGGCAAUUCCGUGUAUCAGAUCAGCAUGAUCCAUUACAUCAAGCAGAAAUACCCCGAGCUGCAGGUGAUCGGUGGGAAUGUUGGAUCCACAGUGGUGACAGCGGCGCAGGCCAAGCACCUGACGGACGCGGGGGUGGAUGGUCUGCGCGUGGGCAUGGGCUGCGGCUCCAUCUGCAUCACGCAGGAAGUGAUGGCGUGCGGCAGGCCCCAGGGCACGGCCGUGUACAAGGUGGCGGAGUACGCCCGCAGGUUCGGCGUGCCUGUGAUCGCGGAUGGCGGCAUCCAGACGGUGGGGCAUGUGGUGAAGGCGCUGUCUCUAGGAGCCUCUACGGUGAUGAUGGGCUCCCUGCUGGCGGCCACCACGGAGGCCCCGGGCGAGUAUUUCUUCUCCGACGGCGUGAGGCUGAAGAAGUACCGGGGGAUGGGCUCGCUCGACGCCAUGGAGAAGAACAGCAGCAGCCAGAAGCGAUACUUCAGCGAAGGGGAUAAGGUGAAGGUGGCGCAGGGCGUCUCCGGCUCCAUCCAGGACAAGGGCUCCAUCCAGAAGUUCGUCCCAUACCUGAUUGCGGGCAUUCAGCACGGCUGCCAGGACAUCGGGGCCAGGAGCCUCUCCAUCCUCCGCUCCAUGAUGUACUCGGGCGAGCUGAAGUUUGAGAAGAGAACCAUGUCGGCCCAGAUCGAAGGCGGCGUCCACGGCCUCCACUCUUACGAGAAGCGGCUAUACUGAAGACGGGCUCCGAAGCAGCAGCCAGCGCGUAGCUCCCAACGUCCCUGCCCCGGUCGCCGCCCGCCGCGUGUAGCCCAGCCCUCCGCUCCGACCGCUCCUCACAGGGAUGGAUUUGCACUACGGCCGAGAGAGAGCGUCUCGCCUGCCCGGAGCCGCCUUUGGCCAGGACCUGGCCCUGACUGGACGGCAGCCAGAUCUCCCCCACGCCUGGUGCAAGGCCCCAGGAACCAGCCCCCCUGGGCUGGGCAGGAGAACAGAGAGCAGGUGCUGGAAAGAGCUGCGGGGGGCGGGGGGGGCACCUCCCCUGCCGGCUGGGCAGGAGCGAUUCAGCAUUUAGCACUGGGCCAUCCGCCACAGGAGCGCUGAGCAGGGCCCCCAGCUCCCCCCCACUGCCGCUGCAUCGUCCCGGGCAGCCGCGGCCUGGCUGGAGCCCGCAUUCCCCCCACGCCACCUCCCAUCCACGCCUCCGGCUCCGCCAGCCUCCGCGGCAUGUCCCCCCACCGGUGCUAGUGCUGCCCGGGGGCCGCUGGGGGCUCCAGCACUUCCCUUUCCCCGCAGUGGGGCAGUGACAUGAGACCCAGGGAUCUUGCUGGCAGCCCGGGCCUGGCUCUGGCUCUGGCCCAGUCGCCCCUGGGCUUCAAGGGAUUUUGUAAACUUGUACAGGAGCCCGAGCCUUGCCUAUUAACCCUCCGCUGCCCAGGGGCUGUCUUACCCUGCCCCCCAAGGCUGUUUGUUAGCAGGGUCUCUCCAACCUGGACCAAACACCAUGGACCAGCCACCUCCCCUCCGAUCCUGGCCAGAAGCUGCCCGGACUUUUCCGUCGUUGUCGCUCUCUACAGAGCCCUGGGACAUCAUCCCGCUGCACGCCUGGCAGCUGCUGCUGGGGUCCCUGCAGCCUGCCCAGCCCCAGGGUGACCUCCCUCUGGGGCAGCUCUGGGGUUAGGCAGGGUGACCCCCAAAGCUGGAAUGGGGCCCGGCCACCCCUCUGCAAGCUGUGCUGUUGGCCUGGCUGCAGCGCCCUCGGCCGUGCAGCCCGGUACUGCCACACGCUGCAGGCUCUGGGCAUCCGUUUCCUCCGCUGUUCCUGCCAGAUGAGUUUAAAUCUCCUUUUUCUGUCACUGCAGCUACUGGCAAGUCCCGGCCUCUCCCCUGCAGCACCGACCCCCCCCACUCGUUAGAAGGCUUUAACUUUGCACAUUUGGGGUCCAGUGUUUGUAACUGUGUAUUGAAGAAUAAUAAUAAAGUAAUGCAGCAUCAGG